CACCUUAGAUCUUUGAGAUUGCUCAAAUCCAGGGUGCUUGCUGGAGGGAAGUAAGCAAAACAUGGAUAUAUACAUGCUCAUAUGGUGCCAGAAUGAACUGAUGAAAAUGGGGUGUGGCCCUGAUUUUACAGAUAAAUCGGGAUUUCCGCCCUCCUUUGGCAGAGGACGGAGCGAGAGUGUGCCGGUGAUAGGAUACGACCGCGUUUCUGUGCCUGGUGGGGAGCUGUGCAGGCUGGCAAAAUGAAAAUGCUCUUCUGCUGUCAGCUUUGCUGAGGGGCUGUGCAGCUGUGAUGGAGAGCUCUGGCUGUGCUGUGGGCUGGGUGAGGAAUGGGUGUAACGGGAUUCGGAGAGGCUUUGGGAACACGUCAUUGGAGCAGAAUCCCAUUGUAUUCCCGGCACACGUCGUGUCACAGCAAGCUGCAGGGCUGAGGCUCAGGUAGGACUCACCCUGGCUCCCCAACACACCAGCUAAAGACCUCUGGAAUGGGAAGUUUCAGUAAAUGGUAGGUUUGGAAUUUCGCCAUGGUAUGUAGAGGCAAGUCAACAUCUAAGCCAACACCGUCCUUGCUAAAUCAAGUCUUGCAUAAGGAGGUUGUGAUGUGCUCAGUCAGACUUUCUGCUGGCAGCGCUGUAGACAUACUCGUUCCAGAUAAGGCCUUGUCUUCAUUAGCAAUUUAGGUCACUAACAUGGCUCUUCCUUCCAAACUGACAGAUCUACAGACAAGGACAGGUCACGUUUGAUGCUGGGUCAGCUGGCUGUGACUGAACCCAAAUUCACAUACUGUAACUUGCUUUUUCAGUGAAAUUCUUUGCAUCAUGUGCCCCCAACUUUUGAAGAUGGGCUUGUUAUGCUGCGUGGCAGUCCACUGUGGCUAAUGGCAGAAGAAGUUAGCUGUGUACAACAAGAUGCAGGAGUCUCUGGAAGUGACCCUUCCCAGCAAGCAAGAGGAGGAUGAGAAAGACCAGCCUGCCGAGAUGGAGUACCUGAACUCUCGCUGCGUCCUCUUCACUUACUUCCAGGGAGACAUUGGUUCCGUGGUGGAUGAACACUUCUCGAGAGCUUUGAGCCAAGCCAGCAGCUUCAGUUCAGAGACUGCCCUUUCCAAGAGCAAGGCAGGGCUCAACCCUCUGUGGAGAGAAAGCUCGACGAUUUCAAGCCAAAGGAGCAGUUUCCCCACCUCGUUUUGGACCAGCUCUUACCAGCAUCCCCCUCCUCCCCCCUGCUUAAGUGGAGUGCACCCCGAUUUCCCCGUGACUGCACCAGGCACCUUCCCAACACCAGAUCCCAGCAGCUGGCCGGGACACGGCCUUCCCCAGACCGCCCCGCCCGCUCCCCCCGCCGCCUCUGAAUCCUGGCCUUACCCCCUGGCAGCGUCUCAGGUGAGCCCCCCGUACAUGCACGAGGUGUACGUGCACCGCCACGCCGCCGGCGCGCACCGCGACCCCCGCUACGGCUCCCUGCUGCUGCCGCCGGUCCGCGCCGCCAGGAUCCCCCCGUGUGACGGGGCCAAGGCAGAGCCCAACGUCACCAGCGCUACCUCAGCCUGGGCUGGAGCCUUCCACGGAACCGUGGACAUCGUGCCGGGCUUUGGCUUCGACGCAGGUCUACAGCAUCAGGACAAGAGCAAGGAAACUGCUUGGUUCUGAAGUACAGAGAAAUUGAGACCAGCCAGAGCUGGAGUCUGCAGAGCUGGUGAUGCAGGGUGAUGCAGCAGUGGUUGACUCCUUCUGAGUGGAGCAAAGGACACACAUGAAGAUGAAGGGCCAACUAUUCUGGUUUUGCUAUUGAGCCUUUUAUUUGUAAGGCCGUUUAUGGGUCCCACAGUGUUGGAAAAAAAAAACAAAACAAACAGAAACCUAACUUUUCUUUCUUUCCUCAUCUGAGCCUGCUGCAGCUGGGCAACCUAACUCCUUUCUGCUCCUUUAACAGUGUUUAGUUUUGUUCAGCUUGAUAUUUUUAUGAACAGUCUCAAUAGUCAGGAAAAAGACUCUCCCUUGAUUACAGUGCGCCUUCUUUCAGGAAUACAGUAUUUUGUAGCUCUUUGUGCAUCUAUUUUUGUAGAAAUACAGAAAGUUUGGGUAAGGAUUGAUGGGCUAUUUUAGGAUGACAUAUUUUUUUAAAAAAAUUGUAAAAUUGUUAAGUUCUGUUUAAAGAACUUGCUCUCAGAGAAGCACUGGCAAAAAUGUAUAAAAUGCUAUUUUUAGAUGUCUGUGAUGUGUUUGUGCAUUUUGGGUUUUUUUGUUUGUUACCUCAAAUGUCUAUCUUCUUUCUUUUUAAAGAGCUAAACUCCUUUGUUUUCACUUUACUAGAUUCUGAUGUUUUUGUCCUUUGGUUCUAGCUUAAGCAAGUAUAAUUCGCACCUGAAGUUUCAGCCAAAUAUUUUUUCCUGGUGUUAGGUUGUAGUAAAAGUGUUUUUGUUUUUCUUGCUUCUAAAGGUGGCUUUGUGCUGUGCUGAUUGUCAGAAGCUUGCAAACACCUUUAGCAUACAGCAAAGCUUGAGGUUACAGCAACUGCAUUUCCAACCCAUCCAUUCUUUCAAAAUGGACCAAAUACUCUUAAAUCAGACACAAAUAUGGGCCUCAUCUGUGAUCCAUUGCAGCUGUUGAUCACAGCUCCCUGUGGGUUAUGUUGCAGUACAAUCUCGCAGGCGGGACUCUCAGCUAAGCCAUUUCAAGGUGGUAACUUAUAACAUCAAUAUUCAGGGAAAUGGAAAAAAAUAUAUUAAAAAUCCAGGUUUAUAAAAAUGACAGAAGGUUUUCAACUGGCCUGCUCUGAGUGCUGAGCAGCUCAAGGGAAGCACUGCAGUUCCCAUCUCCCGUUGACCUCGGGACGCGUUUGCGGUGUCGGGAGCAGCCGCGCGCGCUGAGCCUGCACACACCAGGGCUUGGCAGCCACAGGAGCAGAGCCUGGCCUUGGAACAGCAGCAUGGCCACGAGGAAGCACAGCCCUCUGCUUGGGAAACCCCCCUGGGCUGGGCCUUGCCUCUGACUUGUGGUUGGAGCCAAGGUGAGCGUGGUCAAUCCUGGGGAGGGGCUGCGAGCUGGAGCUGGGUCAGGCUCCGUGCCCAGCCCCUGGGAACUCCUGUGAGUGUCACCAUGUGCUUAGAUGGGACUGAGGGCAGCCCAGGCUCAGGGCCUGGCUUGCUGGGUCCUGGCUGUGGCUUGGGGAUGUUGCCUUUCUGCUCUGUGCAGCCAGGGUCCCUCUGUAGCGUUUCCUAAGGCUGUUACAAAGCAUUAUAUUUCUGUCACUCUCAGACAUCCCUGUUUGAAAGGCACACCGGCCGAGUGGAAAAACCAAGAGACAAACACAUGGCUGAGAUAAGGAGGAGUUUAAUUUUAAGGCACUGAGCGUUGUAAAUGUAGUUUAGUCAGGUGGAGACCACAUGGAUGUGUGUGUGAAAGGGGAGGGGGGUGCUGGGAUGUGCAUGCCACUCUGAGCUUCCCUGCACUGCUUCCUCCCUCCAGGCUUUUUGAACUUGAUCCUGCGAGGUGUUGGGCAUUCUUCCUUGUCAAGGCAGAGGGCUUGACGUGCUGGCACUGGAGGCAUUAGGAUUAUAUCACAAUUUGGCAAGACCCUUAAGUCUCUACCUUGCUGAUUUGAAGUUUGAGACAGCGUAUAAAUGCUGAAUGGACUAUGGUUAAAUAUUGCUUUAAAGUAAUAAGGUUGGAGUCUCUGUGUUGGGAUGAUGAAUUAAAUGUGGUGGGGUUUUUUCCUCAUCUUUGUAGUCCAUCAGUAUUUCUUUCUCUCAAUAAAUUUCACUCUCAUGACAGUUUCUCUAUAUUAUUGCUGCUCUGGUGGAGCUAGCUCUUCAAUUUGUCAAUAAAUUCAUAAUGCAGUGGAAAAACUGUGUGGGAGGGAAUGGAGUACCAGGUGCCACAGUUCACUUUCUUAUCAGGACAGUA